AUGGCGGGCUGCCCUGUGAAGACUGAGACUUGCAACACGCACCCUUGCGAGCGCAGCCAAGACUGUGUUGUCUCUGAGUGGGGUCGGUGGCAUGGCUGUGAGGUGGAAGGCGCCAAACAGAUGACAAGACAGAGACGCAUCGAGACCUAUGCCGAGGGCGAUGGAGAGCCUUGCGAUUCGCCCCUCACGGAAACUGCUGGCUGUGACGGCCGUGACACCCUCCAGUGGUGCUCAACCACCGAGUGGAGCCAGUGGACAGCGUGCCCGGUUGCCUGCGGUGGUGGCCAGCAGCAGCGAUCUCGACACCUCAGCGGCGAGUCGUCGUGCAUUCCGAUGGCCAAGCAGGACCUCAAGGAAGUGCGGGGGUGCAAUGUCGAGUCCUGCGAGGAGAACGAGGGCUGCAUCUUGUCGCCGUGGACGCACUGGGGUCAGUGCUCUCAAGACUGUGGCACUGGAGUGUCGACAAGAAGCCGAUCCAUUGAUCAGAGUGCUGGCGAUGGAGGCAAGAGCUGUCACGCCUCGCUCAAGGAGAUGCAGGAGUGCGUCUUGGAGCCCUGCCCUGUGCGUGACUGCGUCUGGCAUUCUUGGGAUUCCUGGAGUGGCUGCUCCUGCACCUGUGGAGGGGGUCUCAAGCGCAGAGCUCGCACCAUCAAGGUGGCCCCACGAGCCGGCGGAACGCCUUGCGAUCCCUCAGACAAGACGCAGGUUGCUCCUUGCAACACACAGUCCUGCGAAGAUUGCGUUGAUGGUCGGUGGACUAUCUGGAGUUUGUGGUCCGAGUGCACUGCCUCUUGCGCACCCGGCUACAGAUGGAGGCACCGAAGCAUUGCGAGACGGAAUAACGAUUGUGGACAGCCUGUGACUGGCUUGGAGGAAGACUAUCAGAUGUGUGAAGAUCUACCCAUCUGCGUGCAGGAUGAAGACUGCAAAGUGUCUGAUUGGACAUCGCCUGGGAGCGACAUCGACGUGUACUCCAGCUUGGCACAGGGGCCGGAAAGAAGUGCGAGGCUUCUGGGAGCACAGUGGGGAUGCUACUGA